GGAGCGAAGAUGGCGGUAGGGCGCGGCCUAGAGGCUGCCGGGAUCGUGGCGGAUACGGCGCCAAGAUGGCGGCGGCGCGGCCAGGGAGAGGCUCCUCAGUGGUAUCCAGCAUCGGCUGCAUCCUGCACCCUCUGUCGCCCUGGCUCUGGCAUGCCGCCCCUGGGAGCUGAUCACAGCCAGCAGGCAGCUCUCUGCCUUUUCCUUUUUAUGCCCACCCCACUUUUUCCUUACAUUGAGAGAGGCAUACUUUGACAGAUGAGAGAGCUGGUGAAAUUUCCCCCAACCAGGGUGUCUGGGCUCCAUUGCCUACCCGCUGCCCGCAGCUCUGUUACCCUUGUGAGGCCUGUGUCCUAGGGAAGCUCCACUCCCUGCCAAGGACCACCAGGAAAGAAGAUGAAAACAUCACUUUGGGUGGGCAUAGAGUUGAUAGCAUGAAAGUGAAAAGUAUACAAAUUCAGGAAACUACUAGAAGGCAUUUAAACUGCCCCAGGGGUGAGCGAUCUGUUUCCCUGGAGAAUAUGACAGUGCUACUCUUUUUCUAAUUUGUAGGUGGUGCCAGGUAAGGUCACCCAGAACAUCAGGUGGUGGGGCACCUACCAGUCCUCCAGGGCUCUUUGUGCCAACCUUUGCCCUGCUGGAGUUGGAAGAGUCCUGCCUUGUCAUUGCACCCAUCAGAAGCUGGCAUGGUCAUGGAAACCCAGAUAGGGAGCCAGUGUCAGGCCUCCAUAGCUGCCUGCAAGUCCCCAUCUGUCAGAGCCUAAACCAGACCUGUUCAUUCAUGGCCACAGGAUGGGUGGCAGAACUGGCCUGUCUGGCUUAGCUGCCUCAGCAGGUAUACCCCAGGGUGCUGAGUUUGAGGAUCCUUGACCCCUUAGCAGCUCUCCUCAGUUCCUCUUCAAAUGCUGCUUCAUCUCAGUGGGCUAUACUACACCCUGUAUUUUCUGGCCAUAUUCCUGAUGAUCAUAUACAAAAGUCAAGUUUUCAGCUAUCCUAACGACUGCCUGGGCCUGGACCUGAUGCUGCUGUCUCUGAUGGGCAUGCUGGAAGCAGUGAGGCUAUACCUGGGUGCGAAGGGCAACCUGAUGGAGGCCGAAAUGCCCCUGGCUGCUAGCCUGGCCCUCACGGCUGGUGGAGGGCUGCUUUCCAUCCACUUCCUGCUCUGGCAGACCCUGGUGCUGUGGGCAGACUGGGUUCUCAGCGCCACACUCCUGGUGCUGCACAGCCUGGAAGCCGCCCUGCAGGUGGUGGCGAUUGCAUCCUUCAUCAGAUAGUCCCACCCUGCAGGGACCCUCCUCUGCCCUCCAUGGUCAGGCUGGUGUGCCAUGGGUGGUUCAUCUCUGCAGGCAGAAGGAGUGGGCAGAGCAUGCUGAGGGGUGCCCCAGAGGAGCCCACUCAGACCCUGUAGUGCUCCUAGCCUCAGCAGCUGGCCACCAGGACACCGUGAGGACAGAGCCCUUUAGGCAUGCCACUGCCCUGCAGUGGCUCAGUGGCUCUGCCCUGUUACUGGUCCUGAGGAACAGGCCCCCAUGUUUCCACAUUGUCCGAGGAGAGCUGGCAACCCCUGUGUUCCCGUAUGUAUUCUCACACAGUGGUUCUGGCAGCCUGUGCUCCCCAGGCAGUCCGCAUCCUGGUCCUGACACCUUUUUGGCUCUGCUACUAAGCCUGGGCUCCCCACGCAGCACUCUCCAGGACUUCUGUGUGCUGGGAACCCAGGUCCAGCGCAGGUGGAAAGUGGCUUCUGCCUGAAGUUUGAGCCACACUGGACUACAGCAGCCACUGUGUUUGCCACUGAAAAAACUCUCACUUCUGUCUUCUUUCUGAGACUUAACAUAAGCACUACUCCAGUGUGGUGCACAUCUGUGAUCCCAGAUGCCCAGGAGGCUGAGGCAGGCAGAUCACAAGUUCUGUCCCAGCUUGGGCAAUGUAGCUCUUUAAUGAGACCUGUCUCAGACUUUU